AUGGCUACCAAGACCUUCACAGAACAAGAGCUCAACGACAUUUACGCCUUCGCCGUCCAACUCGGCAAGGAUGCCGGCAAGCUCCUCCUCGAGGCUGCUCGGUUGAGGUGGAACGGCGAGAACACGCCAGAGGCUGUCGAGAAAGAUAGCUCGGUAGACAUCGUGACAAAGACCGACGAAGUAGACGUCGAGCUCUUCAUCAAGACAUCCAUUAACCAGAAGUUCCCUGACCAUGCUUUCGUCGGCGAGGAAAGCUACUCUAAAGGUGCAUUCCGCGACUACCUGAUCAGCGACUCGACACCCACCUGGUGCGUGGACCCGCUAGACGGGACGGUCAACUACACACACCUCUUCCCCAUGUUCUGUGUCUCCAUCGCCUUUCUGGUCGGCGGCAAGCCCGUCAUCGGCGUCAUCAAUGCACCAUUCCUCAACCAGCUCUUCACGGCGUGCGGCGGCCGCGGCGCGUGGCUCAACGAGACCCAGCGCCUGCCCCUGAUCCGGAACCCGAUACCCCCCAUGCCGACCAAUGCUCCCGCGGGCUGUGUCUUCUCGUGCGAGUGGGGCAAGGACAGGAAGGACACGCCCGGCGGCAACCUGCAUCGGAAGGUGGAGAGCUUUCUCAACAUGGCCGCCGAGGUUGGGGGGCGGGCGGGGAAAGGGGGUAUGGUCCAUGGCAUACGGAGCUUGGGCAGUGCGACGAUGGAUCUAGCUUAUACUGCAAUGGGCGCCUUCGAUAUAUGGUGGGAAGGAGGAUGCUGGGAGUGGGACGUCGCUGCCGGCAUCGCCAUUCUCCAAGAAGCCGGAGGGUUAAUAACAACAGCAAACCCCCCUGAGAACCCUUCGACGGCACAGAUAGAGGAUGUCGGAUUAGGGAGUCGUCUCUACUUGGCUAUCCGUCCCGCAGGCUCGUCAAGCACCGAAUCCGGGAGGCAAGGUCAGGAAAGGACUGUCAGGGAAGUUUGGCGGCGUGUGAGGGCUCUCGACUACAACCGGCCCGGUGCAUAA